AUGAACGACGACAACAUUCACACGCCGGAGGGUUUGUCAGAAGAAUCUGAUUCGGAGGUUGAAGACGGCGGUGACGUUGUGAAUUACAGUGCACAUUUUGUGACCGACACGAGAGAUGGUCAACCAUAUCGAUAUUUAAGAUGUGAUCGGGGACGCAGGAGUAAGCCGAGAGAUCUUGAGAACGCAAUUCGGAAGGACACCAAAACCAAGGGCAUUGGUUGUCCUUUCUACAUCAAGAUAUGUUACGAGUUCAUCACCAAUACUUGGGUUAUCUGGGCGAAAGAUGAUGCAACUGGGACCCACAACCAUCCAAUGAUUGCGUAUCCGGAGAGUCAUCGUAAAAUUAGUGGGUUGAGCCCAAAUGCGAAGCAGGUUGUGCGUGACAUGACGAAGUCUAAGGUUGCACCGCAUAACAUGAUGGCGACUAUUGCGGAGCAAUUUCCUGAUGAUCAUCCAAACAUCAAACACAUCAACAACUGCCGGAAUGACUUUAGAGCGGAGAUGUCUGAUGGGAGAGGAGUUGUUCAGCAAUUUCUACAUUUGGCGAGACAGAGUCAGUAUCUUUACUGGGUCAUGUCUGAUGAUGAAGGCAUUUUACAGCACGCCUUUAUGGCGCACCCAGUCAUGGUAGACAUCCUACGGACGUACCCAUAUGUGAUCAGUACGGAUUCCACUUACAAGACUAACCGAUACGGGAUGCCGUUCUUUGAGAUAGUUAGUGUAACACCGACAAAUCAGAAUUUUCUCGUCGGUUACGUGUUCAUGCGCAACGAGAGCACGGCAAGCUAUCGAUGGGUUUUGCAGAGGUUGAGAGACGUGAUUGGGUAUGAUAAGGAGUCGUCGGUUUUCUUGACAGACCGUGAGCUUGGGCUAUGUGCUGCAUUGAGGGAAGUGUUUCCAGGGACCUCGCACUUACUUUGUCGAUGGCACAUUAACAAAGGUGUGGAGGCUCGGGUCACUGCUAUGUUCAAAAACUAG